GGUAUCAGCGCACAUCGCUGCUAAUACACGAGAGGGGAGAUCUCUGUACGCGCAGGUUCACGCUGGUGCGCGCGUUUUUUUCUGUUGGGGGCGGGGGCGCGCACAUGCAUCCGAGGCUCGUUGAUUUGUGCAGCGAGCUGAGAGUCAGACCCGCAAGUGAAGAGGGACUCAUAAGUUCUCAGCAUCGGGAGAGCUUCGCCAAGAGGCUCCAGCGCGCAGCUUUCCGGGCACACGGAUAGCUGAGGAGGAGGGAAUCAAGCGGGAGGAUGCCGAGCCGGGCCGAGCCGGGAGCUGCUGCUUCACCUCAUCAGUGCCAACACGGGAGGCUCCUGUAACUUUGAAUGUGUGGAAGUUUAUCUGCGCUGUCCGCUGCUCUGGUUUUAGCUCGGGUUGGUUGAGACCUGCUCGCCUGUCAUGCGUGGUCCAUCCGUCCACGGUGCGCUCUUUCUGUGCGCCUUCCUCCAGCUGUUCUCCCUGCCCGGCGGACAGAUGCCAUCCUGCCAGGAGGUGCGCACAGUCUUUCACUCUCUGCAUCCGGGCUCCAAGUGGGUCCCCGAAACCCCGGUGUCAGGUUCGGAUCUGCAGGUUUGCCAAACCAAAGGCCCGACCUGCUGUUCCAAGAAAAUGGAGGAGCGGUAUCAGGUGGCGGCACGCAGCAACAUGGAGUCUGGUCUGCAAGUCGUCAGUGCUCAACUUAAACGUCUUAUCAUCCACAACGCCGCCAUAUUCCAAGAAGCCUUUGACCUGGUGCUGCGUCAUGGCCGUAACUUCACCCUGGCCAUGCUGAAGUCCGAGUUCCCGAGUCUGGGAGGUGGAGCCCAGAGCUCUGUGGGGCAGCUCUUCCUGGACAUGUCGCUCUACAUCCUGGGCUCGGACUCCACAGUGGACCACAUGGUGGCGGUCCUCUACAGCCGCCUCUUCCCGCUGGCGUACCGCCGCCUGCUGGGCGGCAGCGGCUCCUCUUUGUCUGAGGAGUGUGUAAAAGGAGCCUGGAAGGAGUCCGAAGCUUUUGGCCCUUAUCCCAAACUGAUGAUGACCCGUCUGUCUCGCUCCCUCCUGGCCACGCGAGUCUUUCUGCAGGCGCUGAACCUGGGCAUCGAGGUCGUCAACACCACCGACCACCUGCGGCCCAGCCGGGACUGUAGCCGGGCCCUGCUGAAGCUCUGGUACUGCCCGCACUGCCAGGGCAUGCUGGGGCCCCCAGCCUGCAGAGGCUUCUGUCAGGUGGUGAUGCAGGGCUGCCUGGGGGGAGCGGCCGAGGUGCAGCCACACUGGCGGACCUAUGUGGACGGACUGGGGAAGCUGGCCAGCGCCAUGAGGGGCGAGCAGGACAUGGAGGCCGUUGUUCUUAGACUGCCUUCAAUGAUCAAACUGGCUCUCAAGCACGCUGUGAACGAACGCACCCGCCUCACUGCCCUGGUGAGCGGGAUGUGUGGAAACACUCCUCAGCGGGCCGCUCGCUCGGUAGGAUCCCCCCCUGCCCAGCCUCCCCCUGCCCCCGCAGCCCGCAACACGCAGCCCUCAUCCUCGGACUCUGAUGAGACUCUGGCUGGCCUCCGCAGGGAGUUCAUAUCCGACUUGAAGGGCUUCAGCUCCUUCUACAGUGGUCUUGGGGAGGCGCUGUGCAGCCGUGAGCCCGCUCCAGCAAACCACUCCCUCUGCUGGAAUGGGCAGGAGAUGACAGACAGGUUUCCCGGGCCGAGCCUGAAGCGACCGCACCCCGGCUCCGAGACCCGAAGCAACAAGCCCCCCGAGCCGAUCAUCAGCCAGAUCAUUGACAAACUGAAACACAUCAACCAGUUGCUGCGGCUGGUUACGGUAUCCGAGAAGCGCUGGAGAGCCCGGUCGCGCGGAGGCGGAGGCGGAGGAGACGGGUGGAGCGAUGAGGGGGAUGAGGGAUUCGAGAGCGGUGACUGUGACGAUGAAGACGAAUGCUCCGGCGUGUCAGGGCUGGGGCCGCCACCGAGACGCAAACGGUUACGCAUCUUUGCAGACCUCGCUGAUAACCUGGCAAUGGACGACUUCACCUUCCAGGAGCAGCUGCUGACCCCUGGCUUCGCCACAGCCGGGGUCGGAGGUGUCUCCUCGCCGGCGGCUCCGCUGUGGAGGAGCUACCUGGUCCAGACGCUCGCGGUGACGCUCGCUCUGCUCCUGCUCCGUCACCGCUGACCUCGCACACUCCCAUCACCUUGCCCCCCCCCUAGGAUUCAACCCAAACUGCGGAAUGGAACAAACUUUUUUUUUUAAGAUCUGGAAGUUCAGUCGCUCAAAAACAGGAACGCUACAUUUCUCUUUUUCUGUCUCAGUUUUAUUUCCUUCCAAAUCAGUGGAUGUCCUCUACAACUGUUUCAAAGCACACCAGAUACACUCAUGGCAUCGUGUAAAUAGCAAACUGGCCCACUGGUCCACUCCCACUAAGGUUAUUACAA